GUUGGAUGCAUGCGCGACUUUGUAGCUGCAGCAAUUUGAACUACUUCAAAAUACCUUCCAAAGAUCAGCAAAAUAGGGCCAGGACUAUUGUGACUGUCAGUGUCUGAGUGUCCUGAUCUUUCCUUCGGCUCCUUGUUAUCUCCUCUUGCGCAGCAGGAAAAAGUCCCGUUCCAAAUUUCUAGCCGAGUUGCAGCGAUGAACGGCGACAAUUACUCCUCGAGAGACUCGGGGCGCACGAGAGAUCAUCAUGGUUCGCGGUAUGACCGAGACGACCGAAGAGAUCGUGAUCGCGAUAGGAACCGAGGCAGAGGUGAUCGAAGACGUUCAAGAUCCCCGCACCAUCGAUCUUCGCGACGCGGCGAUUACGAAGACUCAUACUCCUCCAGUCGAGACUAUCGUGCCAGAGAACGAGAAGACAGAUACGGGUCCCGACGUGAUGACCGCGAUCGGGAUCGAGACAGGGGCCCGAGACGCCGGGAUGAUGACCGACGACGAGACCGAGAUCUUUUUGACGACAGGCGCGGGGGUGGAGGUGGAGGUGGACGAGAUCGUGAUCGUGGUGGACGCGAAGAUCGUGAUGAAUUUGCUGCGCAAGCGCGAGGCAGGAAAAGCAGUCCUCCUCCAAAGAAGAGAGAACCCACGCCAGACCUAACAGAUGUGGUUCCCAUCCUGGAGCGCAAGAGAAGAAUGACACAAUGGGAUAUCAAGCCACCAGGUUAUGAGAAUGUCACGGCCGAACAAGCAAAGAUGUCAGGCAUGUUUCCUCUGCCUGGCGCACCCCGUCAACAACAGAUGGACCCCAGCAGACUGCAAGAUUUCAUGAAGCAGCCCGCAGGUGGUGGUGCUGUGACUACAGCCUUGAAGCCGUCUACUGCGCGUCAAUCAAAGAGGCUUUUUGUUUCAAAUGUGCCAGCAACUGCGACAGAAGACAGCCUUCAGCAGUUCUUUAACCUGCAGCUGAACGGCCUGAAUGUAACCCAAAACAGCGAUCCAUGCAUUCAGGCCAACAUUGCUGAAGACCGGACCUUCGCCCUUGUUGAGUUCAAGUCUCCAUCUGACGCAACCGUGGCCCUGGCCAUGGACGGGAUCACGAUGGAGGAACAUCACACUGAGAUGAAUGGCAAUGGCAACGGCACGCCUAAAGGCUUAGAGAUUAAACGGCCGAAAGAUUACAUUGUUCCGUCGGCAGAUGAGGAUGCAUACACCGAGGGCGAGAUCUCAUCCGAAGUACCAGAUACAUCCAACAAACUAUCGAUCACCAACCUCCCACCAUUCCUGACUGACGAUCAAGUGUUGGAACUAUUGAAAGCUUUUGGUGAAUUGAAAGCCUUUGUGUUGGUCAGAGAUGCUGAUGCUCCCGAAUCAAGGGGUAUUGCAUUCUGCGAGUACUCUGACCCAACGGUGACCAGCGUGGCUUUGGAGGGCCUGAACGGUAUGGACCUUGCAGGCAAUUCUAUCAAAGUCACCAGAGCCAGUAUUGGAUUCACGCAGGCUGCUGGGCUGGACAUGGGUGUGAACGCAAUGUCGAUGUUCGCAGGCACCACUUCAGAUAGCUUUGAAGACGGUCGCGUUCUUCAGCUGCUCAACAUGGUCACUGCCGAGGAGCUCAUCGACAACGAUGACUACGAAGAAAUCUGCGAAGAUGUCAUGGAAGAGUGCUCCAAGUACGGCACUAUCGUUGCCAUGAAGAUUCCCCGUCCGUCAGGAGGUAGCAGACAAUCUGCUGGUGUGGGCAAGAUCUUUAUCAAGUACGAAGAUGCUGAAUCAGCCAAGAAAGCACUGCAGGCUCUGGCGGGCAGGAAAUUCGCCGACCGAACUGUUGUUACUACUUACUUUGAUGAGGCAAGUUUCGACGUGAGCGCCUGGUAAAUGUGGUUGUCAUGGCAUUCCACAAAGGAUAUUGGGGCGGUAUCCGAAGAUGAGGAUCGACACAAGCUUGGUGUCACAAAUCGUUCCUGUGCCACAAUACUGAUCCAUCGCCGGGCCGGCGCCGGAUUCUGUGACUUUCUCAAAAUAUUCCGGCGAGACUUGAUCUUGUGUUGUUAAUGAGGAUCAUCAGUCUUUGUGGGUCAAAUCCGACCCAUUCACUCGCGCGUUCCUGGUCAAUCACUGCCUUCGAAACCAUGUGCGAUCUUGCCGGGACCGCCUGGCGAUGCCACCCAAUGCACGGUCCGAGUCCUGAUCUCUUGAAAACGACAUCCACUGGUUUCUUUUCCUCCACACUUCAAUGUACUUUUAGGACUCGCCAGGAAGCUGGAUAUACAGUAGUUUGUUGGGAGCUUUUUGUUUUCUCCCGUCACGCGAUUUGGUUGUUCCCAGGCAAAGGGGAAAGAAAAUCAAGCAGGGAAGGGAGCGGAAGACACAGACAGGGUGUGUGGGAAACCCGAGAGGAUCCCGUCGAAGUCGAAACUUUGGAUUCGGAUUUCUGCCUGCCUCGGGCGGGGAAAAAAAGAGUCAAUGGCGAUCAUACGGGAUAUGGGACUAGUUGAUACUGUAACAGGACUGAAAACUUGAAUACAAAACAAGGUCAUUCGCAACUAGGGUCGGCCGGUCAGCCAUUAUGGACGUGACAAAAGUGCUUGGUCAAACAUCUGCGUUUGUGCGUUUUUGCACUUCUUCUC